AUGUGUCUUUUUUAUUCUUUUCUUUCCUGUCUUUCUUUCUUUCUUUCUUUCUUUCUUUCUUUCUUUCUUUCUUUCUUUCUUUUUUUCUUUCUUUAUCGUUCAAUCGAAAACAUGUCAUUUUUUUUUUCUUCCACUGAUCAAAUAUAUCCAGUCAGGCGCUUAACCAUCUUUUCUUUUCUUUCAUUCUUUCUUUCUUUCAUUCUUUCUUUCUUUAAAUCUGUGUUGGUUUUUUCUUUUCUUUCUCCUUUCUUCCUUUCUUUUUUCUCCCUUCUAUCCUUACUGUCUUUCUUUCUUUCUUCUUCCCUUCUUUCUUUCUUUCUUUCUUUCUUUCUUUCUUUCUUUCUUUCUUUCUUUCUUUCUUUCUCCCUCCUUCUUUCCUGCUUUGCUUUGCUUUAUUUAUUUAUUUCCUGCUUAGCCCUUUCUUUUCUUUGUUUAUUCUUUUAUUUCUUUUCCUUUCUUUCUUCCUUGCUUUCCUUCAUUUUUCUUUUACUUUCUUUCUGUAGUUCUUUCUUUCUUCCUUCCUGCCAUUCUAUCUUUUUUCUUUCUUUCUUUUUCUUUCUUUCUUCCUUUCUUUCUUUCUUUCUUUCUUUCUUUAUUUAUUUCGUGAUUAGCCCAUUCUUUUCUUUCUUUCUUUUAUAUCUUUUUCUUUCUUCCCUCCUUCCUUUUCUUCAUCUUUCUUUUUCUUUCUUUCAUUUUUUCUUUCUUCCUUCCUUCCUUUCAUUCAUUCAUUCAUUCAUUCUUUCUUUCCUUCUUUCUAUAUCACUUUAUUUUUAUAUUUUCUUUCAAGUCCUUCAUUAUAUAUUUUCAUUCUUCCUUUCUGUUGUGUAUUUCUAUUUAUUCUUAUUGCACUCUCUUUUUGACUUCCUUCCCUUCGUUUUUUGA